UUCCAAAAUAUCUUUUACAUCUGAUCUCUGGACAUCCUCUAAUAAUAAGACAUUUAUUUUCACUACUACUCAUUAUAUUGAUGAAAAUUGGACUCUUAAAGAAAUAAUUAUUGAUUUUGGUUUAAUAAGUAGAAGAUAUGAUGGCUUAAAUAUUGCUAAUAGGUUCUAUCAG